AUGCGCAGUAGUCGAUCGCGAACUCUUCGGUCUCGGAAGGAUAUCAUGAACAGUUUCACGUCCUCUGCGAUCCCAAGUACAACAACCAGGGUCACGGUAGGUUGGGCUCCCGAAACUCAAACACACCGCUGGUCAGCUAAUGAUUUACUCCAAAGCUGAAACCGAACUUCACGGCUGGCCUAUUUAUGAAUGGGAGAGGCCCACUCUCAGGAACUAUUACCGACCCUGUCGACUUAGAGUCUCCUAUUGAUAGGUCUUCAGCGCCGAUGAUACCCUCCGGCAACCUAGAAACUACCGUCCCGGAAAAUGACCAGGGUGAAGAAGAAAAUUUGGAACACAGACAGCCGAGGACUAGAAAACGAAGACGAAACUAUGUUGACGAAGCUGAGGACUUUUUUGCACACGGGCAUCUGGAUCAUGAGAGGUCGAUUUACGUGAACGACGCAAUGGCAGCGCAAACAAAAAAGGCCAACCCAACUUGCGCAGCAUCCAAAAGCCACAACAUGCAAGAAAGCUCACCAAAAGGAGAUCUAGAGGGUCGGGCCUUGGAUGAAAAAGCGUGUCCUCAACCUGACAAAUCCGGAAUGCGUGAUGUCCUCGAGAGCAACACCAAUCCUGACCCGCCGGCCCCAGAUGUAUCCAAGACUGAGGCCCUGGUAAAUAGUCCGCAAUCGGAUGGAAGUUCUAUACCCACCCCUAUUUUGAGGAGGCUUUUUCAAACUGGAGUUUUCAGUUACCAGAAUUCCUUUGCGAAAGGUCAAAGAGACACACGCGCACCUGAACGUGAGGAGAUCAUUCCUGGCAGUUACUCGGAUGGGCUGGAUAACAGCAGGGUUUUGGACACACAUCAGUUUCCGGCCUGUGAUAAGCAGCCGUGCACAGAAGGAUCGACACACAGCGUGGAACUGGAACAUAGCAUUCCUGGCCUUCACGAGAAGCUGCAUGAAUGGGAUAGCGUCAUGCCCAACUAUUUUCCCAACCAGAUGACUGAUCCAACCGAAGAAAUGAAAUCGAAUGCUCCAAGUCAGGCCCAACCUUCUAGAAUGGAUUACCAUCUAAAGCCAUGGAUGACAAGCAGCGAGAAUACCACACUGCCAACGCAUUACCAUGUAUUUGAAGCCGACGACUUUGCCAAUGAGAUAGGACAACGCUGGGCAGAUCAACCAUCAUCCCCCUCGAAACUCCCACUGCCUAGUUAUACUGGGUUAUCUGGACAUCCCUGGAGCUUAA